UAACACAUUGUGUAAUGCAAAGGACACCAUUGCCCAACCAAAGAGGACUCUUCCCCUAAAGACUUUGUUCCUUGUAAGCCAGCAGCCAUUUGAUCCCCUGCCAGGUCUUUACCAUAUGCUAUACUCAACUAAAUUCUUGGAGUCUCUGUUCCUGCUACUUGCCUCACCCUCCACAGCGGGUCACCCAGGCAUAUUUACAGCUAUCAGAGAUAUUAUAAAUCAGCUUUUACUGACCCAGUCAGGAUUGUUGUUCCUCUCAUCCAGGCCAGAUGUUACAAAUGGAAUAGUUAGAGUACUUACCCAUACAUCGGACUACAGCAGGGAAGAGGGUGAAGAGAAUCC